UCAUCGGCAUUCGACUGACGUCCAAACGGCGUGCGUCACUGCUAUACAUAUAUAUUACAUAUGUGUGUGUAGGAGGAUACGAGUCGCGCGAUAUGAGUCUGUGAAGAUCCAACGAGUGAUCAUAUUCGUGUUUCUCACGUUUCUCGCAUUUCUCAUUUUGUACAAGCCAAGCCUCACAGAUGGGUGAUAAAGUACGCGAUGUCGUUCUCAUAUUUGUUUGCGCGGUCCUCGCGUUGGUAAACGGGUACACGUUGAGCUUCGCCAAACCGCAGAGCAACAAUGUCACCACGUCUUACACACAUUAUGAGGAGCUACAGCGGUUGUUUCACUCUCUGGCCGAGAAGUACCCGCAUCUGGCCCGAGUGUUCUCCAUCGGGAAGUCGGUGGAAGGUCGGGAGCUCUUAGUGCUUGAGAUCUCGGAGAAUGUCAAUCACCGCAAUCCCGGCGAGCCUAUGGUCAAAUAUGUUGCCAACAUGCACGGUGAUGAAGCUGUCGGCAGGCAACUGUUGAUCAUCCUUGGCCAAUACCUCUUGAACGAGUAUGGGAAAGACGAGCGUAUCACCAAACUAGUGAACCAGACUGAUAUCUAUCUAAUGCCUUCCAUGAAUCCAGAUGGUUUUGAGAAAUCACUGGAAGGAAAAUGUGAUUCCAAGGAGGAUUUUUCAGGGAGGGAGAACGCCAAUCAUGUUGACCUCAAUCGUGACUUUCCUGAUCAAUUUGAGAGAAGAAGUCAACUCAGAAGAGGUAACGUUAUAUUAAAUGGACGUCAGAAUGAGACCAUCGCUAUGAUGACCUGGAUUUCCAAUGAACCUUUUGUACUCUCUGGUAAUCUUCAUGGUGGUGCUGUGGUUGCCAGCUAUCCGUUUGAUUCUGGAAUCCCUAAGACAUGCUGUAUAGAGAGUAAAAGCCCAGAUGAUAAUCUAUUUAAGUAUCUUGCCCACAUUUAUGCAGACAAUCAUCCAGAAAUGCAUAAAGGCGAUGCUUGUCCACCAGAAGUAUUCCCAACUGGCGUUACAAAUGGAGCAUAUUGGUAUGAAGUAAUUGGCGGAAUGCAAGAUUUCAAUUAUGCCCGUUCUAAUUCAUUUGAAAUAACGUUUGAACUAAGUUGUUGCAAAUAUCCACCAGCUUCAACGAUAUCAAAUCAAUGGGAAAUGAAUAAAGAACCUCUGAUUAAAUAUUUGGAACAAGUACAUAAUGGAAUAAAAGGAUUUGUACAUAGCAAGGAUGGUAAUCCAAUCCAAGAAGCAAACAUCAUUGUAGCAGGAAUAAACCAUAAUGUAACUACGACAAUUGAUGGCGAGUAUUGGCGUUUGCUUCUCCCAGGGAAUUAUUCAGUUUAUGCUACUGCAUGGGGGUAUGAACCCAGUGAGACUGUAAAUGUUACCGUAUCGAAAGAAACCCCAAUAAUUCUUAAUUUUACAUUAAGCGGCGGAGAAGUAUCUUAUAAUCAAGGCGACAAUGCAGGUGACGUUGAGGAAGUAAUAAGAACUAUUGACAAAUAUGGUUUUUACCAUAACGUAGAAUUCAAGCACCACAACUAUGUGGCGAUGGAGAAGUAUUUGAAAGAGCUCAAUGGAAAUUACGCUAAUAUCACGAGACUCUACAGCAUAGGAUCCUCCGUGGAGGGUCGCGAAUUGUACGUUAUGGAAAUCACAAAGAAUCCCGGGAAACACAGUUCUGAGAAACCGGAAGUGAAAUACGUCGGGAAUAUGCAUGGCAAUGAAGUUGUGGGCAGAGAGAUGCUGCUGUUACUGCUGAGAUAUCUCUGCGAAAAUUACGGCACCGACAAGAGGGUUACACGAAUACUGGAGACGGUUAGACUCCACGUGUUACCGAGCAUGAACCCCGACGGAUAUGAGAUUUCCAAAGAGGAUGACGUCUCCGGAGAACAAGGCAGAACGAAUGCGAAGGGUGUGGAUCUCAAUAGAAACUUUCCCGACCAUUAUACAAUCAACAAUUUUAAUCGAGAGCAGCAACCUGAGACUAAGGCCGUGAUGGAUUGGAUAGCGAAAAUCCCGUUCGUACUCUCUGCUAAUCUUCAUGGAGGUGCAUUAGUUGCGAAUUAUCCUUACGACAACGGGCCGGAAUUCUUGACUAACACCGUGAACCCAAGCCCGGACAACGACGUCUUCAAAAUGUUGGCAUUAACGUAUUCCUCCGCUCAUCCUCGUAUGCACCUUGGAGAGCCUUGUCCGCCAAUGAAACCCUACGGUCCGAAAACGUUCCUUGAAGAACGUUUCCCCAGUGGAAUAACCAACGGCGCCGCUUGGUAUUCCGUCUCCGGCGGCAUGCAAGAUUACAAUUACUUACACAGCAACGAUUUUGAGAUUACUUUAGAAAUUGGAUGUAUCAAGUUCCCAAACGCGAGUGACUUGCCGAAUUAUUGGCUGGAGAAUAGGGAGCCCCUUCUUCGUUAUAUCGAGAUGUCUCGUAAAGGUGUGCAUGGUACAGUGAGCUCAUCUAUUGGCACUCCUAUAUCUCACGCCAGGAUUUCAGUAGAGGAUAUAAAGCACGACGUCUAUACUGCCGAAGGAGGUGAUUAUUGGCGACUGUUGGUGCCAGGGAAAUAUAACAUAACUGUCAUUGCAACAGGAUACGAAGCGCUUACGCAAACUGUUAACGUACCUCAUGGUGAGAAUAUUGAGGAUGGAGAAGUAAUGUUGGACUUCACACUAAUGCGUGAUGAUCCUCUACACUGGUCUUCCGCAUAUGAUUUUGGCUUGAGAGCAAAUUUGCUGGACGGUUAUUUAAAGAAUUCAGAAUUAAGCGCCAGAUUCAGUCAGUUGGAGAAUCAUCAGCCUGAUGUCGCAGAGUUUAUAGCCGGUGAUUCAUUAAUUAGCAUGGCUAUUCAUUCAUUGAAGAUCACGCAUGAUAUCGGAUCACCUGACGAAAAUAAAUUCCGCAUUGCACUAGUGGGAGGAUUAUUCGCUUCCCAGCCGGCGGGUAGGGAAAUCUUGCUGCGUUUGGCGACGCAUAUCCUUAUGGGGAAUGAAAUUGGAAGUCCACCUAUCCAACGGAUACUGGAUAACUCUAUAUUGCACUUUAUUCCCGGCGUUGAUGCAGGAUUCGAUGAUAUAGAACAGAUGAAAGAUUGCAAUCCUAUAGUCAGAGAUGAAGUAGGAGACAAGUUAUUAUCGGGGGGCAACGCAUCUGAACGCAUAGAAGCGAUUAUAAGUGCAUUUAAGAGAAUGCUACAGACCGAAAGUUACGACAUCAUCGUGAUAUUAGGGGGUGGAGCCUCGCAAAUUAGUUAUUCGUACGACGAUCUGGGUAUAUUUAAAACACUCGCUGAGGACUAUGAACAUUCGAGGCAUAAAGAAAUGAAUAGUUAUUCGAACAAUAAUACACAACGUUUGGUGAAUUUUAUACAACGCGUAUACAAUACACCAGUGAUAAGCAUAAGUCUGUCCUCUUGCAAAUAUCCAUCCGCGGACUUCAUUCCUAUGAUUUGGCGUGAAAAUCUGCAACCACUGAUGAAACUCGUGCAAAGUCUCGCGAGCGGUGUCCGCGGAGCAGUAACGGAUGAGCUCAGUGUGCCGCUUCGAGAGGCUACCGUCCAAAUAGGGGAGAAAAGUUACAAAGUGUCAAACAACAUGGCCUAUUUCAAGAUGGUACUCGUACCCGGCGAUUACACGUUAACGGUCUCCUGUGAAGGAUACAGUGCGCGAACAUUGAAAGUUCACGUGAAGCAGGAGAGCGUAACGGACAUCGAUAUCAAACUGAAACGAAAGGAAGCGACGCAGAAGGAGGACAGUCACGAGGCGAAGGUGGUGCUUGAAAAUUUGAGUACUAUAAAUCGCGCUCUGAGCGAGCUGAAUAUGAAGCAUCCGCAACUAACGACUUUACACACCAUCGGCAGAAGUGCGAAGGGUGGCGAGAUAAUGUGUUUGGAAAUUGGCUCCGACAAUGACCUGAAGCAAAUAGGUCGACCCGCCAUUAUAUUCUCAGCCGGCAUGCUACGCAGCGAAUCGGUGACGUCCGAAGUACUCUUGCACUUUGCCUCGUUCCUCUUGGACCGUUAUAAACAGAGCAUCCAAGUUAUGAAUUACGUGAAUAAUUUCUCAAUAUACAUAGCACCGGACUUUACCCCCGAUUCCGACGACAAUCACCGCAUUUGCUCACCGGCGUUGGAAGGCUUGCAGUUUUCGAUCCACGAUCAACUCGACAAUGAAGCGACUACGAUCGCAAAUUGGCUCAGGAACGUCAACGCGGUGUUAGCUGUGAAUCUCAAUAGCGGCUCGCGACACGUUGAAAUCCCAUUCGGGAAUAACUACGGGAAGACGCACGACAAAAUGUAUGAAAGCGCCGACGAGGACUUGCUGCAACAUUUAGCGCAGAUUUACGUCAACGAGAGGACGAACAAAUUAUCUGCGAGCUCGAAGUGUGAGGAAAACUUGAAUAUCGACGAUAAUAACGUGACACAUGCGGGAGCAGGAAUUGGUGGGAAAAGAGGAAAUCCUUUAGUGGAUUACGCUUAUUUCAAUACGAGUACCCUAAUGAUGGAUGUAUACGUCGCUUGUUGCACCACGGACGACUCGAUUGCCAUAUGGGAAGAGAACAAAGAUAGCUUGUUGGCUUGCAUAGAGGAGAUAAGUAAAGGCGUGAAAGGAUUUAUCGCUAACGAGAACGACGAGCCAAUAGAAAAUGUCAUUUUGUCUUAUGACAAAUCACCGCAUCAGAUUAAGAACGGAAGAACGGGCGCCUAUUCGAUUCUUCUACGGCCAGGAAGCCACAAUAUAACUGUCAUGGCAUCCGGAUAUAUUAAACAGACCAAGCUCGUGUCCACGUCCGACGCAAAGAAGUCCUCGAGGCUAGUAUUCAAGCUUAUUCGGGACGACAAUAUCAUGGGAAUGCCUAGACUAGCGUUCAUUAUGUUGACAGGCACAAUAUGUUUUGGCAUUGUCUUAUGUAGCAUAUGUAUCUGCACGCAAUGCCAGUCUUCAGAAAGUUCCGAGAAGAGCAGAAAAGGAUAUGCAUUUAGUCCAUUGAAGAAUGGUUCCAGCUUCUUCGAUGAUGACGAGAAGGAAAUUGAAAUAUUUCGAAGACCAAUGGAUGGAUAUUCCGUGAAUGACAAUGAAGUUACUUCCAGACCAUAUUUUGACGAGGAUAAUAGUUCUGAAGACGGCAGCGAUUUGGAAUUUAUUCGGCCCGAACGAGAGUGGAAUGAUAAAAUACCACAGCAUACGUGAUAACGAGUGAUUUUGUACGAUAUAUAGUUCGUUACAAUGCGUAGGGUAAAUCAAUUGCAUCUCAUUAAUUGGAUUUUACAGAUAAAAGCUUAACUAAUUGUGUUCAAGAUUCAAGAAAAACGUUUGGCAAAGUAAGAAUAAUAAAGUAUUAAAGUUUACGAAAAUUAAAAGCAUAGGGUCCAAGCAUAUUUAAAACAUGUACUUACAUUCAGCUAUACAUACAUGCUGAAUUUUAAUCAGAGAAACACACGUGAUAAUUAUUUACAAAAGGUUACACGGAUUAUUUCGAUUUUGUUAUACGUUAUACCGAAUAAAAUCCGGAAUCAUCUGUACAUUAAAAAUACUUUCACACGUCGUAUAUAUGGUUCCUAAGACAUCAUUUUAAAGUUUUGUAAUUUUAUAUUAAAAUUUUUCAUUUAAAUGAUAUUGAGAAUAAGCUAUUAUUCAUCACUAUCACUCCAAACAUAUCACUAAUCUUUGUUAAUAUAUUCUUUACGUAUACCAGGAUCUCUAAAUACGUUAUUCAACUAAUAUUCACAAACAACCUAUCAAAAAUGUUCGUCUUAUUAAAUUGAUCAGUCUAUCGUAUAUUACUUAUGUAGUAUUAUUAUUAUUAUGUAUUAUUAUUAUGUAGAUGUUACGAUGUACGUGUAAAUAGAAGAAAAAUACGUUAACGUCGUAUAAAAUCUUUUUUCAUUAACAAUGAAUAGUUGGAUAUUGAGACGUAAUAUUUUGCAGGUUUGAAAAGUAUAUAUACAGGGUGUCCCAAGCCAUUCUCGGUUCCCAUGGUAUGCAGAUAGAACGAGUGAAAUUCAGUAGAAAAGUCAUAUAUUAUUUUGCAAAAUUCGUUGUAAUUACGGUUAAAACCUUUUAAAUCCUAUUCAAGAAGAUAACCUUAAUAACAUAUGUCAUGAUCAAAUUCGUUAGAGGUAGGCCUCUCGUUAAUAUCUUUGUUAUCUUGUUAAUAGUGACUUUUUUCGGUAUUUUUACCGGUUCAUUAUAUAACCUGCUUACAAGAACUAGCAAACAUAAGAAAUAUAAACAUAGAAAAAUAACACGAAUAAUAUAUUUGGAGUGGUUAGUAACGAUAAAUUGUGAGUAAUCAAAUAUGAAAUGGCAACACUUUAAAAUGAUAUAUAGGAUUUAACAAUAGUGUGUACGUUCGUUUGUGUGCAUGCAAAACUCGCCAAACUGAACGACAAAAGUUCUGUACAAUUUUGCAAACAAUCAAUUAUUGAGGCAAUUAUUGAGAUAUAAAUUAAAGAAAAUUAGCGAAUAAGUGCACGUGAUAAAGUUGGACGAACUCUUUAGGCAAAAUUUCGUUCAAGAUAUCUGAAUCUCUUGAUAAUCUUCUAACAACGGUAGGCAAUAUGGUAAUACUAGGUCGUAGAGGUACAGUUCAGUAUCAGAAAAUUGUUUACAUCAUCUUUAACCUUUUGUAAAUAAUCAUUAAGUGCGUCUUGUAAUAAUGUUUUGCCGCUAAUAAUUUAAUUAAUUUGUAUAUGUUAUAUUAUUACGUGAAC